GCCGGGCCAGUGGGACAGAGAGGGGGGGAGUCAGACGAAAGGGAAGAGGGGAGGAAGAGGAGAGUGUUCGGUUAAGUGCUUUUGAGUGUGUGUGAGUGUGAAAUCAGACCGAUUCCAAGUGCAAGACUGUGAGCCAAGGAGAGGGAUGCUCGAGGAGGAUGAGGAGUAACAGGGCGAGGCAGCAGCGAGAGGCUCUGGGAGUGUGUGUGUGUGUGUGUGUGUGUGUGUGUGUGUGUGUGUGUGUGUGUGUGUGUGUGUGUGUGUGUGUGUGAGUAAUAGUGUGUGAACAGAGGGAUGCAGUCAUGUCUCUGUGAGAGGGAGCAGCACAGCAACCGUAACCAUGCUGAGCCCCAAGAUAAAACAGGCACGCCGGGCACGAUCCAAGAGCAUGGUGCUUGGAGAGCUGACUCGGGUCUCGAGGCCCUGUUCUCCCCUGGAUCAGGAGAAAGCACUGAAGGCGGGCUGGCUGAAGAGACAGCGGAGCAUCAUGAAAAACUGGCAGCUGCGUUGGUUUGUCCUGAGGACCGAAGCUCUGUAUUUCUACAAGGACCAGGAUGAAAGCAAGGCACAGGGUUGUAUUCCUCUUCAGGGUAGUCAGGUCAAUGAGGUGCCUGCCAAUCAGGACGAGCCUGGUCGCCACCUUUUUGAAAUUGUUCCAGGAGGGGCUGGAGAAAAGGAUCGAACCGGUAUAAGCCAUGAAUCAUUCCUGCUGAUGGCCAACUCUCAGAGUGACAUGGAUGAGUGGGUCAGAGCCAUACGUAGAGCGAUCUGGGCUCCUCUUGGUGGAGGUGUCUUUGGGCAGCACCUAGAGGAGACGAUGCUGUAUGAGGCCCAGUGUGGCCCUCAGCGUCUGGUCCCUGUGCUGGUCGAACAGUGUGUAGGCUUCAUACGUGAACAUGGACUCAAGGAGGAGGGCCUUUUUAGAGCCCCUGGACAGACCAAUCAUGUUCGAGAACUGCAGGAUGCCUUUGACCGUGGCGAGAAGCCAGUAUUUGACAGUUCCACAGAUGUCCACACAGUGGCAUCGCUGCUAAAGCUGUACAUACGAGAGCUGCCAGAGCCUAUAAUCCCAUUCUCCAAAUACACACAGUUCCUUUCAUGUGCUCAGCUACUUACCAAGGAUAAAGAAAUGGGUAUCAUAGAGCUGGGAAAACAGGUGAAAUCCCUUCCUCAGGUCAACUACAACAUCCUAAAAUACAUCUGCAAGUUUCUGGAUGAGGUUCAGUCUCACUCCAAUGAGAAUAAGAUGAGCGUCCAGAACCUGGCUACUGUAUUCGGACCUAAUAUCCUUCGGCCCAGAGUGGAGGAUCCAGUUACCAUGAUGGAAGGAAGUUCGCAGGUGCAACACCUGAUGACUGUACUGAUCAGUGAACACUCACGACUUUACCAACGUGACGAGUCAGAAACUGAGAACAAGGUUCCUCCACAUAGACAGGAGAUCCAACGGUGCAAAGUGGAAUGGGUUUCGCAAGAAGACACUGACCCCCCGCCUUCCUCAGUCACAAGCACCAAAACGCCUACAGAAAAGCUCCAGUCUUCCACCCCUUCAGCUGAAAGUAAGACAGCUGCAUCAAGCCCUGUGACGUCGGAAAAGGGUGACGAUGGCCGGACUGAAGGAAAAAGCAAAAGCAAGACAGAAGAGAAAGUGGAUGGAAAAGCAGAUGGCAAAACUGAAGGGAAAAGUGGAAGUGAAGUGGCUGUGAGCCCUAGUAAACAGUCUAAAGCUUUGCCCUCCUGGAGAUGCUCCUUCAAGGGCAGUGCAACCUCUGGAGGACCGAGAGGAAAAAUAGGGGGAUCGGCAGGGGAUGUGUCAGCAGCUGGUGGGAGCAACUGGCUGAUGAAUGGGCUGUCGUCACUCCGUGCUCACAGACGCACCACCUCAUCUGGCGAAAGACUGAAAGACUCUAGUCUGUCUCUGAAGGACUCAACUCUUUCCCUUAAAGAAACCACUCUUUCACUUAAGGACUCACAAAGGGACUCUGAUGAAGACUCCUCUCGAACGGCGCUGUCUCACAGAGUCCUCCAUCAGUCCCACAGACUGUCUGCCUAUGACAAUGUUGCCCCCUCUAGUCUUAGCCUGCCUGCGGACACUUCAUCCAUCUGGACAUCCUUUGAGAUCUCACUGUCUGAGCCAGAGGGCAGCGAAAAGGCAGUGAAAUUAGAACAGGGUCAAGACAGGCCCACAGAGGCGAGGGACAGUACAAACACUUUGGAUCACAGCGCAAGCGGCAAUGAGGACGAUUUUGCAGGAGCAAAUGAAGACUUCACAGGCAUGCUGACCGAGCUCAAGCAGGAGCUGAAGAAACAGCGGACGAGCUAUGAAACCUGCAUUCGCAAGUUGGAAGAGUCCUGUUCCAAGUAUCAGUCCCAAGUAAACCGCCUUGAGGAGGAGUUGGACCAGGAGAAGAAGAAGUUUCACAUGUUGGAGAUCCGACUCAGGAACUCGGAGCGGGCGCAUCAAGAUGCAGAAAAUCGAAACAUUCUUCUCCAGAAAGAGAUGGAGGAAUUCUUCAAAACCCUCGGAGACCUGACGACAGGUGCAACACGGACCAACUAGACCAGACCAACCUGCCUUCAUCUGGUCCAUCAGCAGAGGAGGAGUUCAGUUACUGGGAAGACCAACCAGCCCCAAAGCUUUGAAGACCAAAUACCUCUUGUGCAGUACUAAUUGCCAUCUUGCCCUCUUUAGUACAGCUGUCUUGUGCCUACACUGACCAGUGCCGGUGCCAAACGAGAACUCCUCUGGACCUAGCACCUCUCAUUUUGUCAUUCCGCAAAAGUCCUUACUAUUAAUAUCAUAGGUCACAUCCCCAAUUAUUUACUGACUAAAUUCCUUUGUAAGAAACCAGAAAAAGCCUUAUUUAUGAAAUGAGGUAGCCUUCACAUACAUGCAAGGUUAGUGUCCCCUCAGUCUUGCAGUAAAUGUUAAUUUGACAGUACAAGAAAGAACAAUGUGAGACAUUAAAAGUCAACUCUUUUAUUUGCUGGAGUUGAAGGUAGACAGUUUCCAUUCUUGAAGUAUAUAAUUGGUCUGUUAGUGAGGCAAUUUCAGAUCCAAAGGCUAAAAUUCACACAACUGGCAUUACCUAAACACAUCACAAAAGUUCACGCUCUGCUGACAGUGUUUGGCCAAAAAAAGACUGCAGCAUCAUCCCAGUGGUGCUGAAUGGCUUUCCUCUCUUUCCCUUAAAUGUACCUGCACUAAUACCAGAUUUGCUCAGAGAAAACUCAUGCGUAGUCUAUUCUAUCGGUUCUAUUUUUGAGGAGGUGGAGGAGGGGAAAACGACAAAAAAAAAAAAAAAAGGAAGCCACAAGAGUCUAUUGAGAUGUGGCCGAGAGAGGGUCAGGACAUGCGUCACAAUCCCCAAAGUGCAUUCUGGGAGUUGAUGCUAGGGGUUACUGCCCGGAGUGCCCAACCAUGAAAAGGGCAAAAGGACAGUCUGGGAAUUUGAGCCAUCGAAUACAUCCAAAGGUUACCAUGGCAGGUAGCAAAUGCCUGUUUCCUGACUCUCAGAAAACAUACAAACAUCUACGGUAAAAUGUACAGAUCGACCACUGACUAUACUAAUCCAUGAAUUAUACUGCACAGAAAAACAAAAAAUGAAACAAAAUUCAUAUAAAUAGUACUUCUGAAUGAAAUGUACAGUACAGACAAUAGACGUCUCCUAGCUUGAAAUAAAUACAGUACCAAAAAAAAAUAGACCUUUUGUUCGCAGUUUCUUUCAAAUGGUGUGUGUGCCGUGAUAUACAUACUGUAGCUUCAAAAACGUGACUGAGUGUGUGCAUGUGUGAGGUAGAACUCAGAAAGACACAGCAGAGAGGAACAUCUGCUACAGAGAGGACUGAAAAACCAGUGAACUGAGUAAGGACACUUAAAUUAAAUAUCUUAAAUAUCAGACAGCUGUGAAUAAUGUCUGAAACAACCUGCCAAAAAGGAUAAAGUGACCAAUAUAGACUUAGUCUCUGGUGACUGUCCCCAAAAACAGCACUCACUCUAGCCAGUGGGGUGUCCUAUAUUCACUUGUUACAGCGCUAACAGGGAUCAUUGGCUCCUUUCUAGUCCACAUUUCUAUUCACUUACAUUCACCCUGUUGUUGCUCAUCCAACAGACCAUCAUCUACAAAUUACAACUAAAUAAGUUAAAAUACAGUCAGUUUACAGUAUGCUAUAGUAAAAAAGAAAUCGAGUCAGGGCAACAGCUCAUUCGAUGCUUGUCAAGAUGCACACAAUCAGAGUUGACAUAACAAAGAAAUACAUUAACUUGGAUACUCCAAGGGACACUUUCUACAAGAAAGAAGAGGAACAACGUCAAAAUAAAA